AUGGCUUCGUCGGAAAUAAAAUUGAAACAGCUGCUAUAUGCUAAUGUGCCAAUACAAACUUCUAAUGAUGACACCAUUUCCAUGCACCAUUUUCGGCAAUGGUUCCUUCAGCAAUUCGACGAGACAAACUCUGAUACUUGUGAAAAGUUGGACAAUUUUGCAAUAUAUUUUUUGAAUGCUAUGCGUCAACAAACUGAAAAGUAUUUGCGAACGAAUGAAAUUGAGCAAAGUUGCCAAACUCCUGUAAAAACAAAUACAUUGAUAACCAGAAAUAACGAGAACGAUGGGUACGAAAGAAAUGUUGGAACCAGCAAUACAUCCAGACGAGUGUCAUUAUACCCACAGACUUCCGCGCCAACCACUCCAAAUUUUGCAUCUACACCGGAGCAAGCAAGUAAAACUAGAGGUUAUUUCGAAAGCAAUCUAGUUACGGACUUCUCAAACAAUUUUCGAGGUCAUCUUACACCAGCACAAUCGAUGGAACGAAGCUUAUCAAGUACUUAUAAAAGUGACGCCUCUACGCCUAUUCGCCGGGGUCAGAACAGCAACCGCCGUUCGGGGAAUAGCUCAUUGCUGCAGGUAACGCCUCAUAGUACUGAGAAGUCAGUACGCAACAGCAACGCUGCCUCCAGCUUUUGCCUUGGCGACUUUAUGGUACAAAACAGCAACCGUUCGAAUCGAAAAAAAGUUACAUCUACACAAACUCAACAUACUGCCAUAACGUCAUGUAGUGAGACCCCAACAAAUAGUAAACCCAAAAAACGCGUUGUUCCAACAACAAUAAGUAAUCGGUCAGUUGUAGGUGCUGCGGGCGAACUAAAAGCUUUUGGCUGCAACAGUUCAUUCAGCAAUGAAAACAAUAUACUUAAACUAUCCAAUGCUGAAAUUGAAGAUAAAAAUAAGUGCAGUAUUAUGGCUGCUAGAAAAUCGCUGAAACUAAAUGCUUUUGAAAUAAGCAAAGAAAUGGAACCCGUUUCGAUGGGUGAAGAAGAGAAAAAUUUACGUGAAAUGAUUAAGCGGAAGCUAAGGGAUGUCACGUUGAAUGUGGAAAAUGAAACAACGAAAGCUAUACUUAAAGUGCAACCGUCAACAGUAGAACUAGAUAAAAUAAAAAAUCACGCUUAUAUACAACGUCUAGCAGACAUAUAUGUAGUUUUAAUGGACUUAAAUUUUGUAACCAACAUUCUAAGUGAGAUGGCGUUUGUGUUGAAUUUAUUAAAUACACAAGAGACAACGUUAGAUACCCUUGAAUUUGUUACUAAUGAAACCGCAAAUAUUAAAACAAAUCCAAUUGAAGAACAAACGAUAGGCAUGCAAAUGCUCAGUAACAUAACAAAUUGCAUUUAUUUUUCACUAUGUGUAAUUAGACGUCAGCGACACUUGUUUGCACAUCUCGAUAUAAAAAGUUUAGGUGUAGUCCUGCACAACGAACGCAUUCACUGCCUUGAUACGGAUUUGAAAUCAUACUUGGAAACUAUUUAUCAGCGUAAACAAAACUUACUCCUAGAGAAAUCGCAAACAUUUGAAAACUCCACCACAAUCGAACGCCCGUUUAAAAGCGUUUAUUAUCAGGAAGACAAAGAUUCGAGACAACAUUUCACUUCGAAUAAUGAAUUUGGCGCCUUCAAAACGCAACGGGACCUUUUCUACAAAGUGCUUAAACAUUGGGAAACUCAUCAUUUAAAUCCCAAUUGGAAUAGCACACUAGAGUUGGCGCCGAGAAUUCGGGAAAUUUUCAAACAGUCGGAAAAUCCAAUUAACAUGUCACAUUUUGCUAAAUUGUUCGUCUCGCAACUGCUGAUAUCAGCAAGUGAUGCAACGUCACCCGAAGACAUUGGUCUAGAUGUCGAUGCCGAAAAGUUCAGUAAACUAGCGCAGCGGCUAGUCGCACCUAGUAAUUUUAGCGUCGAUUAUCAGUUUCCACGUAAUCAAGCGUUCUUUCGUGACUUCAUUGCCGAAGCAAGAUCUAUACCAUUUGUUGAACAGUUAAAAAUGGCGUUAUAUUUUCAAUUAAUUACACUAAACAAUUCUACAUUUGAACAAACGAAUUUAUUGAGUGACAACAGAGUUGCGGACGAGCUGGAAACCGACAAUGAUAAGGCGGAGAGCAGUGAAUUUAUAGUGCGUGCCGAAACACUAGCAUCUAUGAUCAUAUUAGCGAAAUUUCUUGGCUUUGUGACCGCAUAUCCAUAUAGUCAGAACUUACACACGACAAACAUAUCUGGGAGCAUUGAAAAGAAGCAGCUAUUGUUACGCAGUCUGUUUAAACCACACUUCAAUGUAUCUCAACACUUGUUAGAGGCAAUUAAAUAUAAUAAAAUGCUUAUAACAUUACCAUGGUUGGUACAAUAUCUGGCAAUGUUGGAUAAUGUAACGCUACAAUUGUCAGACUUUGUCGAAACUACUCAGUUGCUAUUUGCCUUAUAUACCACGAUCGGCUUCAAUACAACAGUCAGUUCGUUGACGCCAACAUCUAUAUUCAUUCUACGUUGCUGUAUGGGUUGGCUUUUCGAUACAAAGCCAUUCAUAGCAGAACAUUAUUUUCGAUACAGAACGUCACAAGCAACUGCAAAUGUUAAAACUAGAGCGCAAACUGAAACACCCAAAGAGCAUGCCGAUCCACAAGAAUUAAUUGUGCAAAUAUUAGGUGGCACGUAUGUAAGCAACAAUGCUGUUGGCAACAAACAUGUUUCCGCUACAAGUGCGCAUAACAUAAGUGCAGAACUCACACUUAGUCCUAUACUUGAAUCUCUACUUUCCGUGGCCUGUCCAUUUUUGGCCGAAUUUCGCGUAGCCAUAAUGCCAAGUAAAUAUGCAACAGCAAAAUUAGCAUCACGCACUGGUCGAUAUCGCCAUAUAACGACGCGUAUUGCCGAAACCCAAUCCACCACUAUCAAUUCGCCAUCACACAUUGCCUGCAACACAAAUACGCAUGCCAUGAAUCCACAACGAGCGCAACAGAAUAAACUUAUUGACGCAUUUCUGCAUUCACAGAAUCCAUCCAUGCGCCGUCUUAUAGAAUUUGUCACUGAACGUGUGUAUAAGACAGUUGUUAAGGAUGGACAACACAAAUAUAUACUGCCUACAAAAGCUACAGCUGAUAAGCGUGUAAACGAGAUCACUUCAUCUAAUGUAGAUGAGGUAUUCAAAAUAGUAUCUACAGUCUACGGUAAUGCCUAUGAGGAUGUACACCGCCAAUGGGAAUCUAAUAUACCCAAACAGUUAGAUGAACGCAUUGCAAUUGCGCUAGCCGCACUGCUACCGGCGGAGACAACGCCCAUAGUACAAAAAACCUACUCACAAUUGAUACAACAAAAUGCGAUGAAACGUAUUAAACAGUGGUUUCUCGAUAAUGUGCAGCCAACAAGCUUCUAUUGUGGUGAUCUCAAUGAAAUCACGCAAAAAAUAUGCAAAGCCAAUAGAAAGGAACAACAAUCAUCAUCUAUAUCCGAGUUAAAAAUAGUACAGCUCAAGCCAAGCGUAUCUGAUUUACUUGACGAACUGCAGUACUGCCUUCAUUGCACAUCGCUACGGCCAGAGCUACUUAUGCCAGGAUCGGAAGAAAUUGUAGGAUUUCUGCAGAGAAUACCCGCAGCAUUUGUGAAUACAUUGCCAACAAUUUUUUAUCGUCUGAUCGGUAACGGUGUGCUACAAAUUAUGCAACAGCUAAUAAUUCAUAGACCUUCAUGUGUUACAAUUGAAUUAAUGCAAUCUGCAUGUGCAAUUUUGUUGCAUCCAAAAUUCAUUGCGCUUACAAAUACGGCAGAGUGUAAUAGAAAAAAUAUGAACAAAACUAACGCACCAGCUGAGCAUAAUGGCAGUGAUGAGGAAAGCAACAGUUCUAGUUCGACAGAUAUUAGUAGGACUCCUUGUAUUUAUGAUGGACUGAUUACGGUGGCAUUUAUCGAAGCUCUGGGCGAUAAUAGUGUUUUAUAUGGCAAACUAAAAGACUUGCUAGUUUAUAUGAUUACACAACAAGUACUUAGCAUAGACAAAGUCAAUGUAUUGUUUGUACCAAUUUUCAAAGAGAAUUGGCCCAUCAAUGUGUUAAAUGAAAUCUCGAAAACACUACAACGAAUCGCUGAUGAGACCGUCAAAAUAAGAAGAACGCAACGUCCAGUUAUCGCUAAUGGCAGCGAGAGUAGUGAAGACGAAGCCAAAUCCCAUUUAUUUAUGGAAGUAUUGGCCGAUCUCUCAAGAGACGUUGAUAAUUUAGAUUUUCAAUAA